GGUUUUAAAUCUCCAAAUUCUUUCUGAAAAAAUUGUUUAAAAGAAAGUAGGUGGGAAGCACCAGCGCUGGUGAGAUUGAGGGGUUUUGAGCUUCUACGUAUAAGGACUUUUAUUUUAGAUUCUUCAUCAUAUCGCAAUACCAAGAAUGGGUUCUGAAAAUGGAGCAGCAGAAGAUUUGAAAGGAAAAGGCUUUAAAGCUCGUAUGCAUUACUACAUGUAUAGUGGCGACAAAAAACAUGUAGCCGUCGGGAUUGCCAUAUUUGCUGCUGUUUUCAGCGUUCCCUGGUUCUACAUGAACAGAGGUAAAAAACACAAGUCCCAUCAAGAUUACAUGGACAAAGCAGAAAAAGCUCGGAGAGAAAGGCUUUCAACAAGCUCCUCCUCUAGAACCUGAAAUCGAAUAUACAAAUUUGAUUUCAUUUGCUGGAUCUCUUUUUGUUAAUUGUGAGAUUUACUUAAGUAAAGGCUCAGGCACAUAGGGUGAUCAUGCAAUUUUGUGUUCCUUGCUGUUACCUCUAAUCUGUGUAGUUCUAAGCUGACUGAGGUGAAUAAAAAUGAUUUAAGAGACUUAUGUAUGCAUUUUAGAAACUAUUGCAUGCAAGAAUGUUGGAUUGUAGUUUCUUCCAAUCAUUUAUAUGUUAGUUUCAGAUCUA